UGAGUAUGUCCGAUGUUAACAAGAUCACCACAUUGCAACCAUUUGAAGACUGCCAGAAACUACAGGAAUUGUAUUUACGUAAAAAUAAUAUACAGGACCUCAAUGAGAUUGCCUACUUGCAAAACCUUCCAAAUUUAAAGUAUUUGUGGUUAGAGGAGAAUCCAUGCUGUGAUCAUGCCGGCGCCAAUUAUCGAGCGAUUGUGUUAAAGGCUUUACCAAAUUUAAAGAAAUUGGAUAACGUUGAAGUGACGCCGGAGGAAGUUAAGGAGGCUACCAAGGUCGGUAGCAAUAGUGGAAGUGGGGCAAUUGUGUCCGAAGAUGAACCAUAUGAAGAUGCCUUUGGCAACAAUGCACAGCAUCAUAGCCAGCAGCAAAUUGCGCAACAUCAGCCGUAUGAUGGGCAACAUCAGCUUAAUAAUCAUAAUCAACAACAACAUCAAAGGCAACCGUCCCAAGCAACGCACCAAUACCACCGAUCUUCGCAAUAUCAUCAACGCGGAAGUUCUAGUCCACAAAAAGAGAAGUCAAACCUUAAUCAACCACACCAACAACAUCCACAGCAGCAACCAAGUCCUACCACCACUGAUGAAAGUGUAAGCGAAAUGAAUCAUAAUAAUAAUUCAUCAAAAGCGUCGACUCCAUCUCAGGAACAGUUACACUCAUCAUCACCCAAAUAUAAUUCAACAACGCGCGAAAAUCGUUUAUCUUAUCCGCAAUACGAUGUAAGACAUUGAUACUAUAUAUACAU